AGUCUGCCUGCCUGCGUUCACCUGCGUUCACCUGCGCAAGGUUGCAGGCUUUAAGCUCUCCGGCAUUUCGAACUGUAACGACACGGUGUCGACAUCCUCGUUGUGUAUCCAUUCAGCCUUGUGCAAUUCAUCAUUUCGCGCCACGGAUUUUAUCGCUUUGAUAAAUAUUUCCACCCUCUUUCCCUCUCCCACUUCUCUAAUGCUAAAUAAAUAAAGUGUGUUUCUGUGCUUGUGAAUGUGUCUGUUUCUGUUCUUUUUUCUAAAUAAUAAAUAGUGUCGGUAUUUGCAACCGCGCGUCUCGAUCAUCCAACAGCUAAGGUUUUCUUUUUCGAAGAAUGUGCGUAACCCGAACGCCGACACGCAACGCUGAUAUGAACGAACCAGUAACAGAGAGAAAUAGAUAGAGAUCAUAGAGAGCAACGUGAUCACGAAAACGAGGAACACAAAAUAGGAAUGGAUUUCCGGGGAUUAGCACAACACAUGAGCGCGGAUCAUUCGAGAGAUGCUGACACAGAUAGAGAUAUGGAAACUGAUCACGACGAUCAAGUCGAGAAUUUAUGUGACGAAAAACUGGAUCACAAAAUGGAAAGAGAUUUUCGUAAUUUAGUGCAGCAUCCAGCCAUGCGCGAUUUGGAGAGAGAUCAAAGUAAUCACAUGGACAGUUUACACGAUGACAAAUCAGAUCACAAAAUGGGAAGAGAAUUUCGUAACAUGAGUCACCAUCCUGGAAUGGUACAUUUACAUUCUGGCAUUGAACACCUGAGUAACUCAGAUGUCGAGAUAAAAUUAGCUCGAGAUGUACGAGGUUCCCUUGGAUUGGGAUUAUCACUGGAGCUUUGUGUGGUUUGUGGAGAUAGAGCAAGUGGACGGCACUACGGAGCAAUAAGUUGUGAGGGUUGCAAAGGAUUCUUUAAACGAAGCAUUCGUAAACAACUUGGUUAUCAAUGUCGAGGAAAUAAAGCAUGUGAAGUUACCAAACAUCAUCGUAAUCGCUGUCAAUAUUGCAGACUCCAAAAAUGUCUCGCAAUGGGAAUGCGUAGUGAUUCUUGGAAUAUUGCAGCUGUUCAGCAUGAACGUAAACCAGUAUUGGGCGAUUCAACUGGGGCGAAAGGAGGAAAUCGGGGACCUAGAGUAAAACCAGAACCACAACAACCAGCUCCUGAGGCGGCGCCUACGUGGGAGCAACCUGAAAGUCCCAGCAUGGAGGAUCAGAGUAGCGAUAGCGAUCUCAGUGAUGCUCUGACAUUAGCGCGGGAGCGAUUGCUCAUUUCUCAUGCAUUGGACAGCAUGGCUAAACUCAUUGGGGAUAAUGUGAACGGUUCAGGCGAGCCGGAGGAAGAGUGGACUGGUCAGUUGUUAUCGGAAAGGCAUACUUUGUUUGAGUUGAGAGCACCUAGUCCUGCCCCGGCUUACUUGUCGAUACACUACAUCUGCGAAAGUGCUGCAAGACUUCUUUUCCUGUCGGUCCAUUGGGCCAGAGGGAUUCCAGCAUUUCAAGCUCUACCCUCGGAUGUACAAACUAUGCUGGUUCGUAGUUCUUGGGGUCAGCUUUUCACACUAGGACUGGCACAAUGUGCUUACACCUUGUCGCUACCUAGUAUUCUCACAUCGAUAAUAAAUCACCUACAGGCCAGCAUUGCUCAAGAAAAAAUUACCGCGAGUAAAGUGAAAUCGAUCACGGAACAUAUUUGUCGUCUUCAGGACUGCGUUGGUUCUCUUCACAAACUGCAAGUCGAUUCCGUCGAGUAUGCUUAUCUUAAAGCUCUGACACUUUUCAGUGCAGACAACGUAUUGGCUGGGAUUUGGAGAAAAAAAGUGGAAGUGCUGCAGGAGGCGGCAUGGAAUGAAUUGCAACAACGUGUCGGAUCGGAGAGACUACCUCGUCUUCUAUUAAGACUUGCACCCCUACGAUCAAUAAAUCCACGUGUACUGGAGGAUCUAUUUUUUGCAGGUCUCAUUGGUAAAGUCAGUGUAGCUAGUGUAGUGCCUUAUAUUCUCACCAUGCAAGACUGCAAAGCCGAACCGGAGAGUCAAAUGGGAUGACAAGCGUUAUUAGUGCAAUUCAAAUUUCACCUAAGAUAUACAGACUAGUAUUGGAUGCCUGCCUGCCUUUUCAUUGUCUUCUUUCACGAGAGAAAGAAACUCAAGCUUUCUGUGAUUCUUCAAUAUAUAUCAAUUUAAGAUUUUGACAAACAAAAAACAAGAAAUAUUUACAAAAACAAAGUACCAAUAUUUAACACCAAUACUGAAUUUCGUGAGUUCUGACACUAAAAAAAGUCAACUCUUUUCUUAUAAUUAGCAUAAAAAAUAAUUUGAAGAAUCAGAAAAUUUUUCAAUGGGAAAUUUGAAUAAGCACACGGAAAAAUAUUUGGGAAAUUUUAACCAGAACAAGGAAAAAAAAUUUGAAAUAAA